GGGGAAAAAACUGACUACUCUAGGCCUAGUUACUGUAUCCGCUUCCGAAAAUGGCUGCGCCCGUAGAUCUAAGUGGAUCGUUGAAAAAUAAAGUUUCACGGAUUCGAGUUAGUUCAGUUUUAAACAAAGAUGUUAAACAGUUUGGUAAACAGCAUUUGUUGGAUGGGGAUGAAGAAACUUGCUGGAAUUCUGACCAGGGUUCCAACCAAUCGGUAAUCUUGGAUUUUUCUGAAGAUGUGCAAGUGUCUGAGAUUUGGAUUCAGUUCCAAGGUGGUUUUGUAGGAAAAGUCUGCUCUUUAGAAAAACAAGAUUCAUCCCUCAAUACUUUUGUCAAUGUUUAUACUUUCUACCCUUCAGACUCUGGUCAAACACAGAUAUUUAAACUUCCUGAACCUGUCAAAAUGUCAACUUUAAAAAUUACAUUUGAGCAGAGUACAGAUCUUUUUGGAAGGAUAACGGUAUAUAAUCUAGACAUCAUUGGAAGAUCAAGCUGAUAUUUUUUUUGUAUUUCGUUUUACACUGUAGACCCUUUGUUGUUGUUGUUUUUUUUUUAUAAACAUUACUGAAGGAGAAUACUUUCAACAAUUUAUAUAUUGUUGUAUCAUAAAUAAUACUAAAUAAAAAAUGUAUAUCUCUGUUUUAAGAGAAAAGCAAUACUAGAAAAGAGUACUUGGUGUUAUAGAUCUAACACAUAAAACUGACUCAAGAAGAUUGGGUUAAGACAUUUUAAAAGCAAUGUACUUUUUAAUCAAAUAGUGAUAUAUUUAUACAUUGAAACAUUAUCAAUGAAAUUGAUAUGAAGUGGUGCUAUUAAGUUAUGCUGCUAAAGAUAAUAGCCAAUACUAGAUCAGAUAUAGGGAUUUUUGUCCUUGUUUCUUUUUUUUUUUUUUUUUUUUGCCUCUUGGUAGAUAGUCUAGUACAGUGAUUCUCAAAGUGGUCUUUAUUGGCCCCCCCAGGAGUCUACCAAGACUUCCAAGGGGUCUAUGAAAGGAAAAAAAUAAAUUGGGGGUCUAUGAGAUGUCCACAGGGGUCUACGAUGAUAGAUUUCAUUUAAGCAGGUCGUGACUUUAAUUUUAACAUCCCAUUAAUGUAAUUCUUUCAUACACUAAUAUAUGAUUUGUACCUGAGUUAAUCCUUUAAAUAUUUAUCCUGCUAUUCAAACAAAAAUUGUUGUAUUUAAUUCCAAUACUUAUUUAAAUAGCUUAUUUUUUUGUAUACAUGUAACUAAUGUUUAACAAACAAAUUUAGACUAUAUACCAUUGAUUAUUUAAAAUUGGGAAUUAUUCCUUCCUUGUCAAACAAGCGGUUGCCUAAGGAUCAUUUGAGACAAUGCCACCCUGACAAAUUAAAUAAUGAUUUGAAAAAUUUUCAAACGCUCAAAGAUAAAAUUCAGAAAAGACAAACAAAAUCUUUCUUCGACAUCAUAUAGAGAAGAUGAUAGUUUGUGAGCAUCUUACAAAAUCUCUUUACUUAUAUCAAAUUACGGAAAACACUAUAGGUAAAACAUUGAUUUUAUCAGUAGUUGUAUUUAAAAAAAACAUUUUAACCAAACCUACAUCUGAUAUUAUUAAAAGAAUUUCUUUAAGCAACAAUACAAGGGCACAUCUGUGGCAUGAGUUAUAAAAUUAAAAGCUUCUUCUGUAAUUUUUUGCAAAUGACAUAUAUACAGUUUGGUGUCAGCGUUUUCUUCCCAGCCUCUGACAGGGUGUAGUGCUGUGUGCUGCAAACUACCUAAGGGUUGCUGGCUCCUUAUUUUUCUUCAAGGUUGACCCACAAAGCCUUUUUCAUGUUUGGGCAUUUCCAGUGUCUUUGGUGACUCCAGUAAUAAAUAUUAAUUGUUAUUUUAAUUGGUUUAAAUUUGAAUUGUAUCAAUAAAAAAGAUAGAUCUCUAUAUUCUCUAUAACUUAAUUAUAACUUUAAAUUACUUGUUCACACUUUAACUCACUACAGUUAGAAAUU